UGGAUGAGAGAGAGAGAGAGAGAGAGAGGAAGGCGUGAGCUCCUCUCAGUGUCUCUCUCUAUCUCCAUGCCUACAUUUCUGUAACAUUUACAUGUUGCGGUUUGUUUACUGUGUAUCGUACAUUAUCCAGGAUUCCUUCCGCGUUGCUGUUUUAUUGGUUCUGCUCUCUGCUUUGGAGAUUCCCCGCAUAGUCAGUGUGUAACUGGAGACGGAUUAGAGGAAGCGCCAUUGGGGAAAGAGGAGCUAAGCGCCGCUCAGAUGAGGUGAUGGGCUCCGAGAUGCUUUCAGACUGCCCUCGAGGUGACUGGAUGGCGAGGAUUAGAGGAAUGGAGAUAGACGUCCGCUUCCGUUAUUAUUUCCAGCACCCAUGGUUGCGCCUGGUUGUAGCCUACCUCGUCACCUUCUUCAACUUCCUCAUCUUUGCUGAAGACCCUGUAUCCCACAGCCAGACAGAGGCACACAUGAUAGUAGUGGGAAACUGUUUCUCCUUCAUAGUGAAUAAGUAUCCGGGUGGAGGGUGGAACUUUCUGAAGGUGUUGAUGUGGAUACUGGCGAUUAUCACAGGACUCAUUGCUGGGAAGUUCUUCUUCCAUCGGAGGUUGUUUGGGCGGUUCCUACGACUGAAGAUGUUUCGUGAGGACCAUGGCUCCUGGAUGACCAUGUUCUUUAGCACUAUCCUUUUCCUGUUCAUCUUCUCUCACAUCUACAACCUCUUCCUCCUCAUAAGUGAAGGCAUGAGCGCUCACAUGGUCACGGAGUACAUGGGCAUAAGGAAUGAGAGCUUUAUGAAAAUGGCUGCCGUUGGUACGUGGAUGGGAGACUUUGUGACUGCGUGGAUGGUGACAGACAUGAUGCUGCAGGACUCACUGUACCCGGACUGGGGACGAACAGCUCGUCGCUUCUGGAAACAGGGCAACAACAGAAUCGUGCUGUUCUGGACAGUGCUGUUUUCCCUGACCUCUGUGGUGGUAUUGGUUAUUAGUACAGAUUGGAUUAGUUGGGAUAAUCUGAACCGAGGGUUCUUACCUAGCGAUGAAGUGUCUCGAGCCUUCCUCGCCUCCUUUAUUCUUGUCUUCGACCUCCUCAUCGUCAUGCAGGACUGGGAGUUUCCCCAUUUCAUGGGGGAUUUGGAUAUGAACCUACCCGGCUUGUCUACAACUCAGCUAAAAUUUAAACUCCCAGUCUGCAAGCGGAUCUUCAAGGACGAGUAUCACAUACACAUCACAGCCAUCAGCAACAUCAAGUUGCCAACUCACUGAACCAAAAAGCUCACCUAGUUCUACAGUGUCUCAGAAGUAAAUCCCCUGGAGUUUCUCUCUGUGGUUAUCAGGGGCUGCCAACACUUUGUUUGCACUUUUUUGUGCCAGACAAUGUGCAUGUCCCAGCUAUCAACAGGAUCAAAGUGGAAGCCUGAUGUCAGAUAUAUCCAAGUAAAAGUAAAAACACUAAAUCUGAACAGAAGAACAUAACUAGUUUCCACGAAGCAUGGUGGCAAAACAGAAAAACACCCAAAAUUGUGUGAACUUUCCAGAACCCUCACAGCAUCCAAUGUUGUACAUUUGUAUGGUUAUUGUAUGAACUAUGAAUGUGUUAUCGUUUCUUUUUCAUUGCACUAUGCAUAGAGCAAGGCAUCUAUGUCAUGUUUGACGUGUCAUGGUAUCCCAAAUCAUGCUUGGAACCAUAAACAUACAACAGUUUCUGAUAUAUGACACCUUUGUAAACUUUAAGUUGUAGCCAGUCUGCAUCCUCUGAAAAAUAAUAGCUGGUGAGACUGAUACUCGUCAUCACACAACAGUUAUCUUAAAGACAUUUUGAUGGAGGCUUCUAGAUAAAAAUUUGUUUCUUAGAAUGUCAACAGUGAAGCUAAUGCCCAUGUCUAAAAUUAUUUUGUAAUCAAAAUGUAUUAAUAAGUAGUUUUACUUAGUGAUAGGUUAUUUCCCCAAACACAUAGUUUUCAUUUACCUGGGGGUAAGCCGGGUAAGCCAGAUGCACUGCCUGUUUGGGAAGUUUAACUACACUCCCUUAUGAACCUGAUCGAGAUGAUGCCAAGAGUGUGUCAGAAAUCCUGUUACAAAUCCAUCCAUCCAUCCAUUUUUUGGGAUCUCGGGGCACAAGGCAGGGAACACCCCAGACGGGGUUCCAACCCAUUGCAGGCACAAUCGCACACACAAUCACUCACCCAUUUGUACACUAGGGACAAUUUGGAAAUGGCAGUAAGCCUACAGUGCAUGUCUUUGGACUGGCGGAGGAAAUGAGAGUACCCGCAGGAAGCCCCCAAAUCACAGAGAGAACAUGCGAGCUCCCCACACACAGGGUGGAGAUGGAAUUCAAACCCCCAACCCCGGAGGUGCGAGGCAAACGUGCUAUUUAACAGUGUCAAUGUCUUCAUCGUUAUUCUAAAAUAAAACCAGAAUCGCAUUUUAUUGGCCAUUUAUAAAACGGAUAAUUUCAGUUCUGAAAUCUGAUUGGCUGAGCCGUUUUCAAAGACGUUGCAAAUACCUCGAUAUACACAUACCUGUGACUGCAUCACAGUCAUUGAUUUAUGUAAUAAUGCACCAGGUUUUCAACCAAUAAAAAAUGUACAGUUGACAAGCCAUUGUUCUGUCCAUACAUUGUGUCCAUACAUUUUGAGGGAACUGACUGUUCAUAAAUGUGCUUGCAUGUGGAAAGAAUCGUUUUCACUGUCUGGUGUUUUUGAUGAACAUUGAUCUAAAGCACCUGCUGGAGGGAAGGAGUUACAAAUAUGUGGAGGUCUGGCUGCGGGGAGUCAAUAAUAUUUUUUUUCUACCAACUUCCUGGCUCUGGAGAAGAACAGAUCCUUGUGGGAGGGGAGGUUGCUUCCUAUGAGUUUUUCAGCUGACCUGAAAAUACAUUGCAGUCUCUUCAGCUCAUUACUGGCUGCAGAGCCAAACCAGACUGUUAUUGAGGUGGUGCGCACGCUCUCAGUGGUGGCUGUGUAGAACUGGGUCAGCAGCUCAUGUAGUAGGUUGCUUGCUGAAAUGUCACGAGAAGUAUAUUCUCUACUAAACCUUUUUGGCGGUACAGUCAGCAUUGGCUUCCCAUGUAGAUAGUGGUCCUUGGGAACUUGAAUGUCUCCUCUGCCAUCACAGUCUUGUCCAGUAUGAUAAUUGGAGGUAGUGAUGGGGUACCUUCUGAAAUCCAGCUCCAUCAUUUUGAGCAUGUUCAGCUCUAUGCUGUUGUGACUCCAGCAAAAAACAAUAGAAGUAUCCAGUGUUGAUGGUUAGAGUUUCAGAUGUGAGGGUCCUGCUGCUUCGUACCACUCAGAAAGGUUGGUGAGCCAGUUACAGGUGGAGGCUGCUAUGCUGAGAAGAAGAGCUUGGAGUGGAUCAGACCUUGAAUGAUUGUAUUAAAUGCCGAAGUAAAGCAGAGGAACAUAGUAAAAAUGAAGAAAAAUUAUCCUAUUACUGGAAUCUAAGCUGCUCACACCUGUUUCUGAGGUGUGCAUGGAAUUUCUACCCACAGUAUCUAGACUGCCAAUGAUCAACUUCAGAGUUUUCAGCAGUAACUUUGGCUGAUAUCUUAUUUAUCUCAGUAUGCCUUUUUCUGUGACAAGACGAGGGCAUAUGAGAAACUGAUGUUUAGGACGAGCUCCUCUGGAAUCUGUGCACAAACAUAACUCAUAAGACUUUCUUUGAAAUCUAAUGACCAGCAGCUCAAUAGACUCCACGGCUCGACCUCUCAUUCACCAACAGAGGACAUACUACUGUAUCUGAACUUAAGUAUAAAGCUUCUCUACUGACCUUCCCUAGUGUUGGUGUAGUAGUAUAGCUAUAAUUACCUCAUUUAUCUUCAGGGUCCAUAUUACCACUGCUCGCUGUACUCCAUCAUAUACUGUAAUAUGAAUAUAGAACGAGAAUAUUCUCUCUGAAUGUACAGUGUAUUUGCUUUACUGCCUCCUUUCCCUGCUGCUGUCCUAUUUUCCAUUCUACCAUUUUCUUUCACAGAUUUUGUACAUAAAAUAUUUUACUUGUGUAUUUCUCUUUUAGAAAUAAAGUUUAAGCAAACCUCAAAUUAUUGUUAGGGUGAAUUAUGACUAUCAUCAGGUUUGUUUCAUUUGAAGUACCAUUGACUAAUGACACUGUUAUUGGAAUUGUGAAAACUGUUAAUGAUUCUGAAUAUCUAAUUGAAUAAUGAAUCCGCACUCCUAUGUUUGGUGCAUCACUUCAUUUGGUUUCAGUGAAACCUAACAGAGUGCUCGUAUAAAAGAUUAUUAGCCGAGAGUUAGCAAAACUCUUCUAAGAAUCUGCCCUUUUUAAGUCUAGUGCACCUUCUUUGUCUUUUUGAUAGCUAUUGUGGGAAUGGUCUUUAGUUCCCUCAUGCACUGCUUAAUGAACCGCAUACUCAACAAUUAGCAGUUCAGUGUUAACCUUAAACCUUAAUGUGUUGCACUGCAAUUCUCUUUUAUGAGAAUGAUCUUGCAUUACUAAAUGUAAAACAAGUAUAUUAAAAAGUAGACUUCUGAAGUGUUCAUUUCCGAUCUUUCCUGAAUGAUUAUUCGUUUCAUAAUCAACAUGUACAGGCUGAUUUGAGGCUUGUGAGUCAGUUGACCACUGCCUUCGAGGAUGAAAGCAUGUACGUGUAAUUACUCAUUUCUCUUCUCGAGCAAGAUAACUGCUCUUUUAGGUGUUUAUAGCAGUUCAUACACUUUAUUAGGAACAUUUGUACACUCAUUCACGCAUUUAUCCAAUCAGCCCAUCAAGUAGGAGCAGUGCACGAGCAGUCUUUUCCAAUCUUCAUUUGUCUAAGUUCAGGUGAGUCUGUGUCCAAUGUAUCCUCAGAUUCCUGUUCUUGGCUGACAGGAGUGGAACCUGAUGUGGUCUUUAACUCUUGUAGUCCAUCUGUCUCAAGGUUCAGCCUGUUGCAGAUUUCUGUACACCACAGUUGUAAAAAGUGGUUAUUUGAGUUUUAGUCGCUUUUCUGUCAGCUUGAAGCAGUCCAUCCAUUGUCCUCUGACACCUCUUAUCCACCUGCAGAACUGCCUCUCACUGCAUGUUUUUUGUUGUUGUUUUUCACACCAUUCUGUGUAAACUCUGUAGACUGUUGUGUGUGAAAAUCAGCAGUUUCUGGAAUCGUCAACCCAGCCUGUAUGGCAUCAACUGUCUGAUAUUAACAAGAACGGAAGCUCUUGACCUCUGCAUGGUUUUAUGCAUUGCACUGCUGCCACAUGAUUGGCUGAUUGGAUAAUUGCAUGAAUGGGCACGUGUACAGGUGUUUUCAUAAUAAAGCUGUGAUUGGGUCUUUCAGAUGACUCUUUAAUUUUCUUUA